UUAACUUUGUGCACCCCAGUCCAACACUGGGAAUUCCAUAUCAUUGGGAAUUAAUGUGAGAGAUAAAACGAAACGCGUUCUCGUUGCCAGGUAACUGUACUUUGUCUGUUCUCGGAUACUGUAGUUGGAGCCGUUAACCUUCCAUUCACAUUGACAGAUUCGCCAUCAGUGAAGCCGGUUCGGUUUGAGAUUCCACAAGAGAUGAAUGCUUGUUAAAAACAGGAAUUUUCCAUGCUCUCCCCAAAGAUGAAAUAAGAUGUGUUAGAGGUGGUGGGUUUAUUGAGGAGGUUGGAUUUUGUGGAAUUUGUGUCGAAAGUGCGGUUGUCGGGAGAGGCCGUGUCGGUUGGUCAUUCCCCCCAUCCCCCUCCCAAUCACCUCCUUGUCCCGGGUGGGUUCGGUGCUUCCAGUAGCGGCAGUGUCCCAGUCAGUGACUAGCGGACAGGUAGGAGCGAGGGAAGGUUCCACUCCCGAGUGAUGCAGCUCCCGGAGCGGCGAUGGAUGCGCCGUCUUGGGAUCUCGGGCUGUUCUCAUUCUUGCUGGAGCGUCUCCUCUCCUUCUGCAGCGAGUUCGCUCAGGACUGGAGCAGCAACGACAUGAGGGUGACCAUCUUCAAGAUCCUACUGGGCUGGCUGCUGGGCAGCUUGGUGGCUAUCCACAUGGCCUGGAAGUUUUAUGGGGCGACAGUCAAUGACAUGUACUACAGGCAAGGUAUUGGAGGUCAGAAUGGAGGUACUCCAGACAGCUCUUCAAACUUUACCAGUUGGGACAAUGCCAGUGGCGAGUCAAUUAAAAGUCACAGGGAGUGAGUGAUGAAGAUGUGUGAAACCUGCAGCUGAGACAUGAGGUGGCUUGCUGUGUGGAGUAAAGUUAUUGAGACUGUGGAAUGUUCAAACUGCUGUUGGGUGCUAAAUUCUACAAAAUAUUGUAUGUUGCGCCUGAUGACUUGAAAUGUGCCAUUGUGACUCAGUGCCGUUAUUUUAUUUUUCUUUCCUAAUAUUCUUAGGCUUUGCUGAGAAUCCAGGGAAGUAUAUGUUGGCACAAGUCAAUUGAAAGGUACCAGCAAUGAAAAUGUUGAUUAUUUAAAUGUGUUGUGCUAACGCAACUCCCCAGGAUUUUGAAUAGUGCUAUAAAAUGGAUCUUAUCCGUAGGAGAUGAAAAGAAACAAUAUGAUUCUAUUUGGAAAGAUUAAAAUCAAGUAGUGAUGGGUGUCAUUUGAUGAGCCCAGAAGUGGAUUAUCAAAGAACUAACAAGGUUUUCGUAGCAAUGACAUGAUGUUCUGCAGCAGUUUGUUGAGGAUAUACUAAUUUGAAUUGGGUAACAUCAGGGAAAACAGAUCCUUCUGGUAAAAUGUCUACAUGCCAAUCUAUAAAUUGUUUUCAUGUUGAUCCCAAAGUGCAAUGCGAUCGUUUUGUAGACCCAAAAGAGGCAUUGGUAGGAAUUAAAACAGACCAGUUUGAGUUUGCUUUUGUUUUGUCCUCUGUAUGCAUGCAAAUAAUGGCAGAACCCAAGCUGAUUUGUGUAUAGACAUGGCCAAAACAGUUCUCUGCAGCAUUAUCAAUGAUGAGAAUGGGAUGACCUCUGAAGGAGCUAAAUAAAGUGAAGUAUUAAUAUCUGAGGCAAUUGCUCAAUCUUCCUGUGAACACAUAUCAUUAAUUCUUCAUGCUGGGAACGCCUUUUGGCAACUGUAUGUCCUGCAGGAAGUUAAUGACCUGUAACCUGUUGAGGACCUAUAACAGCUGAUUUCAAUUUAAGUCUUUCAAUUGGUGAGAAACUGAGGACCUUAUUACCAAUAUCCAGUAAAAUAAUUAUUGGGUGGCAUGAUUCUGGUAUGCCUGUAUGAUGUUCUAUGUUAGAAUGGUGAGCUCAUGUCAGUAACUUGGCCUACAUAGUAUAAUUCUAAUCUUGAUUUUGCUGUUGGGAAAAAUAUUUUUCAGGAGAAACUUUCAAAUGAUGGUACCCUGUCUCUCACAUGAAAUAUUCAUGACACCUUGCUUAUAGUGUAUCUUGUGUACUCAUUUGCCUGACUGAACCAACUUUUCAGGCAUGCUGUAAAGUGAGAGCCCAGAACGGCUGAGAGGCUGUUCAUCCAUUCGAAUCAGGAUUCCAUACCUGUUGUAAAACCCAGAUUUUAACUUUUAAAAGAAUACUGGGUGGACCUCCCAGAGCAUGCAAGUACUUUUUGACUAUACCUUAAGAGGCCUCAUUGAUUCUCUAUAAAGGGAUGCCCUUUCUGGAAAUGUUAUUUUUUUUAAAAUUCAGAAAAGCAGGAGUGCUUAACUGGCUUACAAUAAUGAUGUAGCCCGCUACGGACCCAUUUCCUGAACUGUGUAAGCCAACAUACUGACAAGCUUUACUUGCCAGCUGCAUGGUUUUUCACCAUGGAAAACUAGUAAACUGAACUGAACCCUCUGGUACCCCCAAUUUAGCUACCGAAUGUUACUGAGACCCACAUUAGGGCAUGGUUUGUUUCCCAACAACCAUGUUAGGUGCACACUGCAUGAGCAGAACCAGUAUUCGUACUGUUGACUGUCACAUUGCUUUUCUACAGGGAGGUAAAGCAUUACCUUGGCUUUGUCAAAGGUGUUGGUUUGGAUAAGUCCUUGGUUCAGCUCACCCUGUUCCACAAAGCUUAACUAACACACUUCAAUCUGCUGACUGGAUUAUCGUGCACUUACUACUCGCUUUAACAUUAUGUGAAUGAAAUAGACUUUACAUACAUAAUGUCUAAGAAACCUGAAAUGCUAAAGUCCACAAUGUACCACAGAAAAAUCAACUCUAAGUGGAAAGUCAGGACAAGAACCCAUAAUUUAAGUUAACUUUCCAUCUUAAGAAAUCAGUAGGAAGUUAUAGUGAAGGACAUUGUCAUAGCAGAAAUAGAUACAUAAUGGUAGACUCUUCAUCUCCAUUAAUCUUGAUUUUUAUGUCUCUAUUUAAAUUCCAAAUAAAUCACAAGUUGCCAUUUAGUUUUCUAUAUUUUGGCAAUCUGUCUCCAUGUUUUCUUUUGCCAGGCCUCAAAACUAUUGGGAAUAGUGAUGCAAUGUUAUGUAACAAUAUAGAAACAUGGUUACCUUGCACAGAAUGAAUAUUUAAGUCCAUGCAAUCUGCCAGCUGGAGUGAAGUGAUAUUGUAUCUUUAGUUGCUGUCAUGAUACAUUGUGUAAUUUCAAAGCAAAAAUUCUUGAAGGAAAAUUUUAUUUUGCCGUCCAUACAAAGACCAUCUAAGUUGAGAGCAACUCAUGAAGUGUAUGCCAAGCAAUUUACCUUUGUUUUUCAACAGUGUACCAAAAGAAGGACUGAAGUUUAAGAUGUAAACAGGCAUCUUCUGUUUGUAUAUUGCUUAAAAAUCUCCAGGAGCAAACAGAACCAUAAGUACAUUUCUAAUUUUGAUGUUUUAGAUUCUACUUGCAUUUUUAUUAUUCUAUGUUCUUUUCAGUUAGAAUCACUUUGUUUCACUGGACUUAAGUUUACAAGAUAGUAUUGCAUUCAUGAAAAUAAAUCAUUAACUAUUUAUUCCUUAUUCAGUAAGUGGUGGGGUUGAUUAUUCUGACAUAAUAUAUAGCUGGUUUUGAGGUUGAGGUACGUGAAGAGAGAGAGAGUAUGUAAUGAGAGUUUUUUGUCAAAAAGUUAGUUCUACAAAUUUGAUUUAUUUGUUCUAUCCAAACCUAAAGCUGAGGAUUCUCUUCUCUGCUGUGUAAACUUGAGCUCUGAGGAGCACAGCCCAUUUCGUUGUAUGAUGAAUUACAUGGGUGCAUUGACAAAUUUUUUUCCUUGAGUAAAAGGCCAUUAGUAUCCUUGAAUAGUUGUGCUUAGAGCCAGCUUUCAAUAAAAUGUAAGGGUUGUGUUUGAGUUCAAAAGAUAAUUGGUGACAUGAUAGUACAAUAAAUCUUACUUCUGAAAAUUUGUUAAUGACAAGUGAGUAUAAUUAAGCUUUUUUUUACUGUAUCAGGAGUGAUCCGAAUUCAAAAUAUGGUGGAAUGAAAGAGAUUACAUAUUUUAAUCCAAUUUAAGUGUUCAUCUACACACACAAACACACCAAAUUAUGUUGGGUUGAAUUGGACAUUUUAUUAAUUAGACCAUUCAGCUCAGAACAGAAAACUACAACUCCCCAGGUUAGCAGUGUAGUUGAGCAGUUACUCUGGGUUGGAGUCAUAUGUUGGCCCCACUACAGAGACUACAGUCCAGAGUCUGCUGAUUCUCACACCUUAAGCCAAUUCUCCGUCCAACGUACCUGAUGUUACAAUUUUAGUCAGCAUUGUGUCAGAUAUUGUCUAUGUUAAAAGACAUGGAUUCUGUAUCACUGACUGUGUUCAUGAUAGAAAAAAAUCAGCAAAAGACACACCCUUGUCUUUCUAUGUCAUAGUAAUGGAAUGUGAUGGAAGAAGAGUUUUGUUUUGUUAAAUAGUCAUAUGAAGCUAUUCAGUUUUCUUCUCUAAACCCUUUUUAAAAAAUUGUUUGUAAUUUGUUUCAUGCUUUUUUCCCUCCCUGAAACAGAUGGCCUUUAGCACUUGUACUUUGCUUGAUUGAGCUUGUUGAAUGUUCGUCCUCACAUAAAUAAAAGUUGGGUGAUGGUUGUGAUAUUCUCUCACACCAUGUUUUGUACUGAUCUUACUUGUAAUGAAUUUCUCUCACUUAUAUUUUCCUAUGAUUUCCUAGUACAAUCCCCUAUCCCAGUGCCCCAGCCCAAGAGGGUCAAUUAUAUAAUACCAUCACUGAGCAUGCGGACUGAGGUUUUUUUUGGAUUCCAAGGCUCAGUAUCACAAUAUUAUGUAUUUAUAUUUUCUUGAUGCAGGAAAGCCUCACAUAGCUGCUUCGAUUCAUUUUCUUUCCCUUUUAAAGUUCCUUUUAGAUGUUCAGUGUAACAACAAGUGCAAGGAGAAAGGUGUUUGAGACUUCUAAUGAAGCCUCCAUUAACUGAAUGCUAGUGUGCAUGCAGUCCAGGGAGACUGAUUCUUAUUUAUUUCUCUAUUUCUCUGUCUCUCUACUCUGAAAGGAAGUGCUUGGCCUCUGCUUGUCAAUAUUGUUUGCAGUAGCAACAAGAUUAGUCACUCAAUACUUGCAUGUAUUCUGUGAUUUGCGACCAUGUUGCAUACGUUUCUUGGGUGUUUUCUUUCCCCCACUGGCAAUACUUAAAUGCUUCAGUAAAUGUUGCUGAUAGAAAUGGUUGAAAUAAAUCCAAAAGUAAAUGUUCUUUUUUUUAAGACAAGUAGCCAUAUUUUUCAGUUUUAUGCAGAACGUUUACAUGAAUACAAGGAUAAUUUAUUUGUUUACUGGUCCCCUUUGAACUGCGGCAUUGAUACACCAUUGCUAUGUUACACUUUAAAAAAUAAAAGAGGAACUUUGGAUUUAGACAGCAGUUUGCCAAGAGUUAGUCUCAAAUCUCUAGAGUCCCUGGAAUAAUUGUACUGAAGUAAUUUAUACUCUACUGAAAUGCAUUUUUCUAAUAUAAAUAUUUUGUAUAUAUACAGUAGAUUUUGUAAAUCACUGUAAUCCUUAAAUUGGAUAAUCUUUGUAAACAUAUGCCCCUAAAGUUGAUUAACUUCUAUUUAUGUUGAAAAUGUAAAGGUUUCCUGACUGCUGUACAUCAGAAAAACUGCUAUAUGUGUGUAUGUAUAUAUGUAUAUUUAUCCUUAAUUUUGUUUUGGGAGGGACGGUACUAGAUAGUUUUUAAUUGUAUAAAAGGAGUUGCAGAAACAAAA